AUGGCAUCCGAAAAGGUCGACGUCGUUGUGGUUGGCGCGGGAUGGUAUGGUCUUUGCGCCUCCAAAACAUACCUUCAAAUCAACCCAGAAACAAAUUUAGUUGUCCUCGAGGAAGCUUCAUCUGCGGGUGGUGUAUGGGCGAAACAUCGCCUGUACCCCGGAUUGAAGUCUAACAACCAAUAUGGUCUCUAUGACCCUAAUCUCGGUACAUACGAAUACCCGGACUUCCCCAUGAAGCCCUUCGGUGUCACACCCGGAACUCAUAUUCCUGGCGAGACCAUCCACGAGUAUCUUAACGCCUACGCUAAGAAGUUCAACGUAUACGACAAGAUACGAUUUGAUAGCAAGCUAUCUUCUGCUGAGUACCUAGCUGAAUCUAGCCAAUGGCUUUUGACAAUUGGCGGGCAAGGCGGGGUGACGAAGACUCUAUUGACCGAUAAACUUAUUAUGGCUACCGGUGUUACUUCUGAACCAUUCCUACCUCUACUUGCGGGCCAAGAGAACUUUGGACGUCCAUUAUUCCAUGCAAAGGAUUUACUUCAACACUCCGAUGAGCUCUUGAAGAGCAGCAAGAACGUUACAGUGUUCGGCGGGUCCAAAUCAGCAUGGGAUGCCGUAUAUCUAUUUGCCAGCAACGGUAUUAAGGUUAAUUGGGUGGUGCGAGCUAAGGGAACUGGUUUCUGUUGGAUGUCACCUCCGAAGGUUACGCCAGCAAAGAAGUGGAUUGAGAAGCUCAUCACAACAAGAUUCUUGACUUGGUUCAGUCCUUGUAUUUGGGAUGAAGCUGAUGGUUAUUCCGGUGUCAGAAACUUCAUGCAUGGAACCGCACUGGGCCGAGGAAUAGUUGACACUUUCUUUGGAAUCUUGGGCAGCGAUGUCCAAGCUUUAAAUGGAUACGACAACCACCCUGAAACGAAGAAGAUGAAGCCUCUCACACAGGCUUUCUUCAUUGCCUCGACCCUUUCCAUCUUAAACUACCCAACCGAUAUUUUCGAAUAUGUCCGUGACGGUACCGUUACCAUCCAUCUCAAAGAUAUCGAGGAGCUUUCCCCGGGAAAGAUCCACCUCAGCGAUCCCGAAAAGCCAGAAGAGAACACAGUUAUAGAAACCGACGCUCUCAUCUGUUCCACCGGCUGGAAAUAUAAGCCCCAUGUCAAAUUCCUCCCUGAAGGCAUCGAGCGAGAUCUUGGCCUUCCCUACGUCAACAAAGAAAUUCCCGACUAUGCGGAUGAGGAGAUUGUUAAGAAGGCUGAUGCCGAGAUUCUAAAGAAAUACCCUAGGCUGGCAAAUCAACCAACUAUCAAUGCUAACUACGAAGCCCUUCGUGGUGGCUCGGAGCAUGAUGAACUCAAUAGACCGUUCAGGCUAUGGCGUUUAAUCGCUCCACCAACCAAAAGAUUCCACAACUCCAUCGUCUUCUGCGGUGCCCUCAUGAACCUCGAUACCUCAAUUACUGCACAUAUCCAAUCCUUAUGGGCAACCGCAUAUUUGACAAACAAGCUUAAGCCAGUUGAUGAAAAGUCCGAGGAAGACAUCAACUGGGAAGCUACGCUUUGGUCUCGAUUUGGUAGAUGGAGAACGUCCGGUGGAUUCGGAAGACGGUAUCCAGACUUUGUUUUUGAUUCAGUAGCCUACUUCUCGCAUUUAUUAAAGGAUUUGGAUGUCGAGCCGUUGAGGAAAACGGGGUUGUUUAGCCAGGUCUUUUAUCCUUAUGGGCCUGAGGAUUAUGUCACAGUUGUGGACGAGUGGCAAGAGAAGCACAAGGCGUGA